CAAACCAAGACUCACUACUCACUCUCAAACGCACACACUCUCUCUCUCUCUCUCUCUUUCUCUCACCAAAUGGCAAAUCAUUCUUUCAAUUCCAAAGAUCAAACACACACACACGUUCUCUCUCGCACUUAUCCAGCAAAACCAACAUACAUUCUAUAAUCUUUUACUUAAAAACAAAUAAAAGAAAGAAUCAAUUCUGUUUUCAUUUUUUUUUAUAAAAAUAUUGUUAGUGACUCUGUAUUAUUAGUUGGCUUUACCAUUUUCCUUGUUACUUUAUAUCUGUAGCACAGAGUGGCUUUUGUUUGCUCUCUUUCUUUUUGCACCAUUUCUAUGGUUAUCAAUCUCUUAGUUUAGCUAGCUUUUUUUCACACCCAUCAUGGAGAUUAAGCCUCUCCUAUUAUCUUUCUUCUUCUUCUUCUUCAUUCUUCUUCUCUUGGAUGCCUCCAGAGCUCAGAUGCCAGGUUUUGUCAGUUUUGACUGUGGAGGCAAAGAAAAUUUCACAGACGAAAUUGGUCUCGAGUGGACUCCUGACAUUAAACUGAUUUAUGGAGAAACAGCUGGUAUAUCUGUUGCAAAUGAGACACGCAGGCAAUACCGGACCCUGAGACACUUCCCUGCAGAUUCCAGGAAGUAUUGUUACACGCUUAAUGUCAUAAGUAGGUCUAGGUACCUUCUGAGAGCAACAUUCUUGUAUGGUAACUUUGACAACAACAACGUUUAUCCGAAAUUUGACAUUUCCAUUGGGGCGACUUACUGGUCCACAAUAGUCAUUUCGGAUGCUAGUACUAUAGAGGUCCGAGAGCUAAUAUUCCUGGCUUUAAGUCCUACAAUCAGUGUGUGCUUAUCCAAUGCUACAACUGGGCAGCCAUUUAUAUCUACUCUUGAGCUCCGACAAUUUAAUGGUUCAAUUUACUACACAGAUUAUGAGGAGCUGUAUUACCUCAGUGUCUCUGCAAGGAUAAACUUUGGUGCAGAUAGCGAAGCUCAAGUUAGGUAUCCUGAUGACCCCUUUGAUAGAAUAUGGGAGUCAGACUCUUUGAAGAAAGCAAAUUACCUUGUUGAUGUUGCUGCUGGAACUGAAAAGGUGUCAACCCGAAAGCCAAUUUAUGUAAACAGUAAAGAGGUACCACCUCAAAAAGUGAUGCAGACAGCUGUGGAAGGCACAAAUGGGUCAUUAACUUACCGGUUAAAUUUGGAUGGUUUUCCUGGUUUUGGAUGGGCAGUCACCUACUUUGCAGAAAUUGAAGAUCUGGAUCCAGAUGAGACUAGAAAAUUUAGACUAGUCCUUCCAGGCAAUGCUGAUGUAAGCAAGCCUGUAGUCAAUAUUGAAGAGAAUGCUCAGGGAAAAUAUCGUCUUUAUGAGCCUGGAUUUACCAACUUAUCCCUUCCCUUUGUAUUAUCUUUUAGAUUUGGAAAAACAUCUGAUUCUAAAAGGGGGCCUCUUUUGAAUGCUAUGGAGAUAAAUAAGUAUCUGGAGAAAAAUGAUGGUUCUUUAGAUGGAGCGUCUAUUGCAAAAAUAGUUUCAUAUUACUCAUCAUCUGAUUGGGCACAAGAAGGUGGUGACCCAUGUCUACCAGUUCCAUGGUCAUGGGUGCAGUGUAACUCGGAUCCACAACCAAAAAUUGAUAAAAUUACUUUGUCUGGAAAGAACUUGACAGGGAAUAUCCCUUCAGACUUUGCAAAGUUGACCGGUUUAGUUGAGUUGUGGCUUGAUAAUAAUUCAUUGAGUGGUCCUAUACCUGAUUUUACUGGAUGCAUAGACUUGAAAAUCAUACAUCUCGAGAACAAUCAGUUGAUGGGUGAGCUGCCCUCCUCUUUGAUGAACCUACCAAAUUUGAGGGAAUUGUAUGUGCAAAACAAUAUGUUGUCAGGAACUAUGCCAUCGGGUCUUCUCAAUAAAAACUUGAUAUUGAACUACUCUGGGAACAUAAAUCUUCGAAAAGGGAGUAAAAGUGGGAGCCACAUGAAUAUAAUUAUUGGGUCAUCAGUUGGGGCUGGUGUUCUAUUGAUAGCUACUAUUGCCUCAUGCCUAUUUAUGAGCAAAGGGAAGAAAAGGUAUUUUGAGCAAGGUAUGAAACUUGAGAAAUCUUCACAUUUAUCUUAUUUUAAAAAAAAAUUACAGUUGGUUCAACAAACUUAUUUUGAUUUUGUUAUAGACCAACUUGACCAUUCCUCGCCUGUUCAAAGACUAGCAUCUUCCAAGAGCAAAGCGCACACAGAAGCUGCAUGUUGCUUCACUUUCUCUGAAAUUGAAGAUUCUACAAGAAAAUUUGAAAAGAAGAUUGGUUCUGGAGGAUUUGGAGUUGUAUAUUAUGGGAAAAUGAAAGAUGGAAAAGAAAUUGCAGUCAAAGUUCUAACCAGUAAUUCCUUCCAGGGAAAGCGAGAAUUUUCAAACGAGGUGACUCUUCUUUCAAGGAUACAUCACAGGAACCUGGUACAGUUUCUUGGCUAUUGCCAGGAAGGAGAGAGAUGUAUGCUUGUUUAUGAGUUCAUGCAUAAUGGUACUCUCAAGGAACAUCUUUAUGGUCACAAAAGUAUUAAUUGGUUCAAGCGACUUCAAAUUGCCGAGGAUGCUGCAAAAGGGAUUGAAUACCUUCACACAGGCUGUGUUCCAGCCAUUAUUCAUAGGGACUUGAAAAGCAGCAAUAUUCUUCUUGACAAACACAUGAGAGCAAAGGUUUCAGAUUUUGGUCUUUCUAAACUUGCAGUAGAUGGAGCCUCUCAUGUCUCAAGCAUAGUUCGGGGCACUGUAGGUUAUCUGGAUCCUGAGUAUUAUAUCUCACAGCAGUUGACGGACAAGAGUGAUGUCUAUAGUUUUGGUGUCAUUCUUCUUGAGCUGAUAUCUGGUCAUGAAGCAAUAUCUAAUGAAAGCUUUGGUGUUAAUUGCCGUAACAUAGUCCAGUGGGCAAAGUUGCAUAUUGAGAGUGGGGACAUUCAAGGAAUCAUCGAUCCCUCACUGCACGAAGAAUUUGACAUCCAAUCAAUGUGGAAGAUAGCAGAGAAAGCUCUGAUGUGUGUCCAACCUCACGGACAUAUGAGACCGUCAAUUUCAGAAGUUCUUAAGGAGAUUCAAGAUGCAAUCACAAUAGAAAGGGAAGCAGCAGUGGCUGCAAGAGAGGGAAAUUCAGAUGUGUCAAGGACUUCUAUUCAUUCUUCCUUGAAUCAGGGUUCCAUGGAUUUGGGUGGUACUGACAAUUGCCUAUCAUUUGAUGAAUCCAUUGCACGGCCUGCUGCACGAUAGUUCUCCUCCUUCAUGUAUAAACACAAAAUGGCUUCUCUUUCUGGUGGGAAAAAAAUUCUGAUUUUUUGUUAUAGCAUGCUCGCAAUUUUCUUCCCCAACAACAACCCCCCCCCCCCCCCCCUCCCCCAAAAAAAAAGAAAAAAAAUCCCAUUGAUGUGAAUUUGUAAGUUUUGAACUUGAGAUCACAUUCCUUAUUGCUGUAGACUGUAGAGUGGUUUUUCGAGUGUGAAUAUCUUAGUUCUGGUAAAAGUUUCUACUUUUCAGGGAUAAGUCUAUCAAUAUCCAAAUAUGCAACUCAUGAGUAAUGAGCUAUGAA